UGCUUGGUCUCUGCCUAGCAUGGGGAGGGGGGGCUUUCUCCCCGAAAAAGCAGCGUGCUGGAACUUGGCCCCACAAGAAGCAUUCCCCACCAGAAGCAGGUUUGAGGGACCCAAUCUUAGGGUGACUCUCCUGGCUGAAGCUUCACAUCCUUCCUGCUUCCUAGGUUAAGGCAGGAUCAGCCUUCCAAAUGUUCGCCGGUGCUCAGCCAGGGCCCCACCUGAGAGGACAGAAUGCUUAAGUUCAGGCCUGGGGCCUGUGAACGCCCCCACACGUGGCCCAGCCGAUACCGCCACCUCCUCGUAACCGUGUGUGGGCAGGACACCAAACAAUGCCAGUAUGGACAGAAUAGCUUAUGAUGCUUAUCCCCACCCACCACUUCCGAGACAUUGAGCGGAAGCCAGAAUACCUCCAGCCGGAGAAGUGCGUCCCACCUCCCCACCCCGGUCCUGUGGGAACCAUGUGGUUUAUCCGCGACGGCUGUGGCAUUGCCUGUGCCAUUGUCACCUGGUUUCUGGUCCUUUACGCGGAGUUUGUGGUCCUCUUUGUCAUGCUGAUUCCAUCCCGAGACUAUGUGUACAGCGUCAUCAACGGAAUCGUGUUCAACCUGCUGGCCUUCUUGGCCCUGGCUUCCCACUGCCGGGCCAUGCUGACGGACCCCGGCGCGGUGCCCAAAGGAAACGCCACUAAAGAAUUCAUCGAGAGUUUACAGCUGAAGCCCGGGCAGGUGGUGUACAAGUGUCCCAAAUGCUGCAGCAUUAAGCCCGACCGAGCCCACCACUGCAGUGUUUGUAAGCGGUGUAUUCGGAAGAUGGACCACCACUGUCCCUGGGUCAAUAACUGCGUCGGCGAGAACAACCAGAAGUACUUUGUCCUGUUUACAAUGUACAUAGCUCUCAUUUCCUUGCACGCCCUCAUCAUGGUGGGAUUCCACUUUCUGCACUGCUUUGAAGAAGACUGGACAAAUCAGCAGCAAGCCUACAGACUGCCCAGGGAAGGGACAGCAGAGGCCCGAACCUCUCUUCAUGAAAUAAAGCAGCCCCUUAGAAGUUCCACAGAGUGCAGCUCCUUCUCGCCACCCACCACGGUGAUCCUCCUCAUCCUGCUGUGCUUCGAGGGCCUUCUCUUCCUCAUUUUCACAUCAGUGAUGUUUGGGACCCAGGUGCACUCCAUCUGCACAGACGAAACGGCAGCUGGCUGGGCAGGACUGAGGCCCACUCACCCGGCGCCACGGACGACACCGCCUCCUGACUGUCCUAAGUGUCCAAAGCCUCAAGGGCAUCGAGCGCCUCAAACGAAAGCACCAGCCCAGGGAGCGCAGGGCCAGCUGGAAGUCGGUAAAGGAGACCUUUGGUGGGGACUUCUCCCCGAACUGGUUCAACCCCUUCUCCCGACCAUGCGACCCAGAGCCUCUCAGUGACAGGGACUGGGUGCGGCAGGUGGCCUCGCUGUCCGACAUGGGCAACACGGAGACGACAGAGGAGCAGUCGGAGGAGAGGAAGGAUGAGGACUCUGUGGAGGUGAUAGAUGAGUGAGGCUGCCGUGGAGGGAGGGCCGGACACUGAGAAGCCUCUGGCAACCCCGGCUGCGGGUGUCAUGGCCACGGCGUGUCGUGAUGCGCCACCCUGCACCCUUGCACCCCACCGCUCCCUGUGGACCCCUCGCUGUCAUCGCCAGCCCCUGUGCCCCCUCCUAUCUCCCCAGGCCGGGGGGGGGGGGUGGUGGCUGGGGGUGACAAGGGGACGAGAGACUCUCGGGGUCCAUCUAAGAAGAGUCUGCCCAGAGCGGGAUUGUCUGUUCUUCCAGAGGGUCCUUUGUGACCGGCACGGCCCGGCCAGCAAAGGACGCUCUAAACUGGGCAGCCCAGGGGCAGGGAGGAACUUGCCUUUGGAUUUUCCUGGGAUGUCUGUCUCCUCUUGGGAAGGUUGGUGCACCGGCUCCUGACUUUUGAGAACAAAGGCCAUGAUGUUAUGACGGGACAGGGCAGGGCUGGCCUCGGGGCCUGGGGUAGACACUGACACCAGGAGACACCAGCCUCGAAAGUUUGCAGAGGCCAGCUGCUCCCAGAAAGGCUUCCCUGAGCCUGUCUACACAGAAGAAGGGCAGGGCUGUCACAGCAGCUGGCACAGGCCAGGCUGGGUCUGAGGAGGGCCCCAUGCCCCAUACUGGGCUGCGCACACACACGUACGUGCGACACGUGCCCGGGGUUGGAAACGUGGGUUCUGACCGUAACUGUGUCGGGACAGUGGCACCAAAACUCAGCUCCCUUUCCAUCCCAAAGAUGCUAGAAUCGUCAUGGAGCCGGGUGGCUUGAAGCCAUCCCGCCUUGUGGCUACAGGUCUGUCCAUUCACAGACAGGGACGGGGGAGAGGACCUAUUCAGAGCUGCUGGGGACUCUCUGACCGCCCCCCUGAGAGCUUAAUUAACUUUCCCUCUGGAGGGAGUCUAACAACCCAGUUGUGCAGAACUGACCAGAAAUCUGGCCCCUGUGUUUUAGGCCAGGUCUCCUAGGAUAGGGUCCAACUUGUCUCUCUGAAGGGUGGGUGGUGGCCAGGGCCUGCAGAUGGAUGGACCGGGAAGACCAGACAGACGCACAGACAGACUCACGAGCACAUGCACACACACGCACACACACACACACCGCACUUUGCCAGGAUGAGCCUGGACCCCAGCCACUCCGUGUGAAGCCUGAAGUGUUCGUGGCCAUCACUGAAGGCCAUGGCAGGGGUCCUGAGGCUCUGAGACCCCAUUCCAACAGGUGCCGAAGAGGCGUCUUCCACACAAAGUCCUACCGAAGGGUUCGGGUCUCAGUCUGGUGUUAAGAAUGGAUUCACCAACCCACCUCCCCUAAGUAAACCUUGGUUCUCUCUGGCCCGUCGUCCCAGGGUCAGCGGGCACCAGCAUGGGAGGAGGGCUCAGGCACUGAGGCACAGCCUGCCCGUGCCAGGUCUCUGUCCCGGGCUCCAGGCAGAAGAGCAGGAGCCCCCCCCACCGCCCCCAGAGGGCCUAUAGCCCCAGUUAAGUGGGGAAGAAGGUCAGAGUUUGGAGGCACAGCCCAGGUCGCUUAGGAAGGAAGCUUGUGGGAACCGUAGGAAAGAGGAGGGCCAGGCAGCGGCCUAGUUCUCAGGUAGCAACUGUGAAGGGCAGUGACUCUUGUCACAGAGAGACCCCCUGUCUGCAGUUAAUGACCCACCAGGCCCCAAGGCUAACUGCUCAGAGGGGCUGGUGUUCACAUAGCCACCUGUCUUAAUCUCAGCUCAGAGCCCUUGGAAGACGUCCCGUGAGGGGGGUGAUGGCAGGGCUCUCGCAGUGACAGAGCAACCGGAAAGGCCCGGACCUCCCACACCCAGGCUGUAGCCCUAUCCUCUUGGUCCACAUCAGCUUUAAUAUUUAUUAAUGACGACGUCAGGAGCCCUGGUCAGCUCCGAAGGCCGUUACCUCGCACUCUGGGCAGGCCACGGCCACUUGCCACUUUGGGAGAGCCGUCCUAAGAUCGCAAGAGGCCUGCCAUUUGCUGUCCUAGCCCGGAAGGCGGGCAGACUGCAUACCAAAGACUCCACACUGCGGCAUCACCCCUGGAGGGCAGUUAGAAUAAGGGAAGAGGGUUCCCCGGUCGCUGCUGGCAGGCCCGUGCUCAGAGGGGUGUUGAAGCGCCUGCUCGGGGCCAUUGGCCCGAAAGCAGAGGCACCCGGCAACCCCAAAGCCAGUUCUGUCUCUGGCUGUGGGAGACAUGUCACCUGCGGUCAGACUGGCCUCCUCAACACACGAGCUCCUCUCGUGCUGGCCCUCGGCCACGGCAGAGCCCGUUCUGGGGGCGCAGACGCGUCCGACCCUGAGCUCCCCCCACACCACUGACAGGCGGCCUGCCCUCCGUGGCGGCUGUUGACAGCAUAACGCUGUGCUUGCCUCAAACUAACGGGAUCGUAACUUGUCCACACAUGACGAGGACCACGGGGAGGGAGGCUGGGCGCAAGCUUCCACCUCGUGCUCUGGAAUAAAAAGCUCUUUGCUCGACCUUGGUGGCUGGAGUCUCCUGUCUUCGGCCGAAGAUCCCGGUCAAGAUCUCUGGGCAGUGUCCUCCCUCUUAGGGCAGCUCGAGGGCACCUCUAAGGAGGUCCCUUUUCUCCAUUCCCAGUGUGGGACACAAGUGAAAGUCACACACAGGCACCAAGUGAUGCAUGGAGAGUUACUACUCAGA